AUGCCGAUCUCCUCGCCACUGCCGCCUCCGGCUUCCUCGCCACUGUCACCGUGCCGCUGCCGAUUUCCUCCCCACCACCGCCGACUUCCAUGUGAGAGUUUGAACGAAGACGAGGAGUUUGUCCAGAGGCAGCUUUUAGCACUAGUUGCCCCUAAGGUGUUUUUCUACUUGGCCGAGCUAAAUGGUGCUCUGUCGUAUGCACUUGGUGCUGGACCCUUGUUUGAUGUUUCUGACGACUCUGAUUACGCUCAAACACUGUUAGCAAAAGCUUUGGAUGAACAUACUGUGGGGAAGAAAAAACGAUGUACGGUGGCUGCAGGCUAUUGUGGAAAGGAUGCUGGACAAAAAUUUAUAGUCAAUGUGGGCAUAUUUGUAUCUGGUACAGGCACAGAAGUUAUGAGGUACAGUAUCUGGUGUUGGAAAGUCUCUGAAGAUGCAAAACCCAGGUGUCAAGAUCAUCUGUAUUCAGCCAGAGAAAAAUGUUUCAUUGAGUUUAUCUAUGGUUCCAGGAAGCUUGUGCGAUCAAAGUUGGAAGCUCCUUUACCAGCCAUCAAGUUCAGGAGAAGCUCAAGAGCAGCUGCCACUUCCCUUAAAUAA